AUGGAUAAAUAUGUAACCGUCGUCUCGGUGGACGAUCAGCUGCAGAUGGCUUCCGUCGUUGGCGUUGCGUCGAGUGUGAACGUUCCGGCGACGGCGACGGCGGUAGUCGCGAAUGGCAUUCCUCAAGACCCGACGAUGAACGGUGGAGUGACGAAGAAAAACAGCUCCAAUCAUGGAGAAGGUGCCGGUUCGCCAACGUCGCAUUCCGAUUCCGCAGCAGCAGCAGCAAAGUCACAGCAGGAGGAGCAGGAAGAUUCACAGUUCGUGACGGUACUGUCGAUCAACCAUGGCGGGGACGGAGGAGCAAGGGGUGGACGAGGGGAGCGACCAAACGCGCCGGAAGUGGUGCUCGUCUACCGGCUACCGGGGGAGCGGCUCGGCUUCGGGCUGAAGUUCCAGGGUGGCACGAAAAGCAACGAGAAAAUCCAGCGACUUUUCAUACAGUCGUGCGCGGAAAACAGUCCGGCGUCGCGCGUACAGGCGAGCUGGGGACAUCUGCGCGAGGGCGACGAAAUACUCGAGAUCGACGGUGUGAGCGUGACCCGAAUGACCCGCAUCGAGUGCGUCAAGUGUCUGAAGGACAGCAACGUUGCCAUCAAGCUGUUGGUUCGCAACGGCGAAGGGAAGGUACAGAACUUCUACAGCGAAAGCCACACCGUCGGUAAUGGCGGUGUGCCCGGUGAGAGUGGUAACGGUGCGGAAGGUGGCGGUGGUGGUAGCGGUGAUCUACCGGAGCGUAAAGGUGCGCCACCUCCUCCGCCACCCGUUCCACCGAGAAAGCUUCACAAACGGAAGCAAUCGACGGUGGAACAACCGAACGGUAACAGCGGUGAAUCGGGAGACACCGGUGGAGGUCCACCGAGUAAGGUGGGCACCGGGCCAGCGCCGGUUGCUGCCCAACCACCACCACCGGAGCCAUUUGUACCGCCGCCGGAUCCGGAGACCUACAGCAACCUGUUCGCGGUCGAUGACAUCAGCGAUCUGAUCUCGGAGUCGGACGAUACGGCGAGCACCAUCUCGACGGUGGUGGACAAGUUCUCGAUCUGCUCGUCGAGCCUGUCGUCGGAGGACUACACCAUACCGUCGAACGGGCCGAACGGCAUCGGACAGAGCAUCGAGCUGGCGAAGGCCCUGAAGCCUUUCACGCUGCUCGAGCAAGAGUUCAAUCUGGAGAGCAAGUUCGAGCCGACCAACCUGUUCACCUUCAAGCCACCGCCACCGUUGACGAAUGUGGUCCAGCUGGAGGUGCCGGCUGCUGUGGAAAAGCCACCGACUGCUGCUGCUGCUGCUGCUGGGGAGUACGAAAAUGUCACCAUUAUGAAGGUGGACGAAAAUCGCAACUACGAGAACGUGGCCGUGCCGUACGGCGGGCCGUACGAGAACGUCACCAUACAGACAGUGCAGCCGUACGAGAAUAUGGUGCUGCACCGGGCACCGUUCGGUGUGGGCUCGUCGGGUCGGCGUGUGUCGAGUGCGGAGGUUCUGAACGAUUCUGGUGGUGUGUAUGAAAAUGUCGAACUGAAAGCUGCAGUGCCACCACGUCCACUGCCUCGACAGGCGGCUGCCCUAGUGGAGCCAAAAAAGCGGGCUCCGAUACCGGUUCCGAUACCGAUCGUUGUACCACCGCCUCGUCUAAAGCCAACGAAGCAAGCGAACGGAGGUAGCCCACCGACAGCGGUGGCAGUUGUUGUCCCCCCAAUCCAAUCGACGACAAACCCUCCUCCGGUAGCGCCCCUUGGAGCUGAAUACAACACCAUCCAAAACUGGUUGCAGGAAGCGACGGAGGUGAUUCACGAGUGUGCACUGGUGACAAGUUCCAGUGGCGAACCUGGCGCGGAGGCAGAUAAAACAGUCCCGACAUCAAGCAACAAAGAUUCACCCCCUGGUGCCGCGGUGGUCGGAGCAGAUCUUCCACGCUUGAUCGACUUUCAUCCGAAAGUGUCCCUCUCGAUGGAAGGUCUCGAGGAGGUGGAAGCCGUCGCACCACCAGCGUCACCCACGUCGGGUGUCCGCUACGAGGGACCGCCGGCACAGCAUCACCCCGACGACACCGACGAGGGUCAAUACGAGCUACCGGAACCGGCAGCGAUCGUACGCAAGUGCAUCAAAAUCAUUUCCAGCGAGGACCACACGUACAUCGAGAGCAGCUCGAGUGACGAUGAUGAUGACGACAAAAUGUACCGGCGGGAUCGCUCGGAGGAUGAGGAUGACCGUAGCAGUGUGCUUUCGCGCGAAGCGACCACGCCGGAGCAGUUCCUUAGCGGGGACGGAUACAGCGACGAGGAUGGCGAAAAGCUUGGGCCGCCCGAGAUUGUGUCCGGCGGGCCGUCGGAGGCGUACUUUAAUUUCCCCUGGACGUCUAAUCUGCUGCCGCCGAUCGGGGAAGUGGAGGAAGAAUUUUCCUCGCUAGAGCACCAACAUAAUGGCCCGAUAGUUAUUAUCGAUACGGCCGACGAGACCGUUAUCAAUGACACAAACAACAACCAGCAGCGUGAAAGGAAAAAACCGCUCGAUGACGAAUCGCCCAAACUGCCACAUUCGGCCCUGCCGUCGAGCAAAAUAGUCACCAAAAUAUCGAACCGUGGCGAAGCGCAGAGUGCAGUGAUGGAUUUGGAAGGCGCAAGUGAACAGAAGCCAGCCAGUUCCGGGAUGGAGCGCGAUAGCAUGAUGAGCUCGCCGGGAGCGAUCCGUGAUCGUGAUGCUAGAAACGAUCGAGAUCAAACCGAUUCGAAUGGUUGCUUUACACCCGACAGUCUCGACGAAGCGUACGAUGAGCCGGACGGUGAAGCACAGGAGCCGGAAGAACCCGGUAUGCAAUCACGCACGGCUGCGAUGAUGGUGGUGGAGGCGUGUGUAAACAGUCCGCGCGACGCUGAUAACGACGAUGAGAAGAUCUCGGUGCAGACUCCAACAUCCACCUGCGAGUCCGAGAUCGUGCCGGACGAUGCAAACAGUAGCGCCGAGAACGGCGAGCAGGAACAGGAACCAAACCCGCUUCCAGUGGCGUCCGAGCGAACGAGCGUAACGAUGGAAGACGGCAACGGUAGUGCGAACGUAGAAGCGAGCGGUGGUAGUGCGUUAGUUGAUAAGGCGGCACUUUCGAGUGCACCGAAUCCGAUCGAGAUUAAGGCAGCAACGAAGGCCGUUAAGGUGGAGGAGGACGAUAGCAAUAUCGAUGCGAUUUGCGGUGACGUAGACAUCGUCGUAGGCGAUACCGUUGAGAGUGACUUCGAGGAGCUGGUCAAAGCGCAGGUCGAACCACUCGACGUCGAGGACAGUUCGGAGCAGAUACAACAGAUUCAUGAGCGAAUCAUUGGUGCUGUCGGCGGUGAGUGA